AUGAAGUUUUUCUCAACUAUCCUUGAGGCCUUGGCCCAUCAUUCUAUGCAAUCUCCCGACAAGGUUGUCUUUACAUGGGUGGAUAUCAAUUGCAAGGAAGAGAACAAGCUGACAUUCAAACAGCUUCAGGAUCAAUCCAAUGCUGUAGCGGCUCGUCUCAUCAAGCUUGGCUGCAAAAAAGGGGAUCGAGUCAUGAUUGCCUAUCCCUUUGGCCUCGAGUUCAUGGCUGGCAUGUUUGGAGCCAUGAAGGUUGGAGUCAUCGCCUGCUCCAUCUAUCCCCCCAACCCCAAUCAGCUCAAGACAGAAAUGCCCAAGUUCCGUGGAUUUGCUGAGGAUGCUGGAGCCAAUUUUGCUCUCACGACUAACGUGUUUGCUGGUGCAAUGACAGCAGCCGGUGUCCUCUACAAGACCGGUGUCACUUGGAUUGGGACCGACAAGCUAACAAUCAAGAAACCGAAACCCAACAAGCCCAAAGGAUACGAGACCUACAAUGGGGAGCCUGAGGAGUAUCCCCUUGAUCCAGACAUGGGCCUUGUUGCUGGUUUUAUGUCUUCCCUCUACACAGGCAUCCAUCUUGUCAUGGCAUCUCCUUUGGAUUUUGUGGCCAGUCCACUGCUUUUGACAGACAUGGUGGAGAAAUACCAUGCAAACCUUACCUGUGCCCCAAACUUUGCCUACGCUUUGCUCCUCAAACGCUUAGAGCAGGCCAACCGAAAAGCUGACUGGAGUUGUGUGAAGCGUGCCAUGUUUGGGGGUGAACCAGCCCAGAUCCAUGUUGUGGAAGCCGCAGCAAAGACCCUCUCCAUCAAGCCUGAGUAUGUAUACAACAUCUACGGACUUGCUGAGUCUGUGGUGUUCCUCACUGCUGGCUCUGCAUACCCUGACUCUGAGGGGCUUGUCUGCUGUGGAGAAGUUGAUUCCCCAACCCUCAAGCUCCGAAUUGUCCAGGAUGGCAAAGAGGUUGAGAAGGGACAGGUUGGAAGCAUCUGGGCCCAGUCACCUAGAGUAGCAGCUGGCUACUAUGGCCAGUCUGAGCUAACCACCACUACCUUUGCCAAUAUCUUACCAGGCUAUGGUGGAAGCUGGCUUGAUACUGGAGAUUUGGGCAAGAUUGCUGAUGGGCAGCUCUAUGUUACCGGGAGAGCCAAGGAUGUCAUCAUCAUCAAUGGCAAGAACUACUAUCCAACUGAUGUGGAGCUCUCUAUUGAUGAUCUCUUUGGGGAUGUUAUCCGUCCCGGGAGGACCACUGCCUUCCAGCUUGGAGAAGACAGUGUCGGUAUUACAGUCGAAGGCCGCAAGGACUUUGAUAAAUCGGCAAAUGCAGAUUUGGCCGUAAAGAUAUCCAACCAUGUGUCUCAGGUGCACGGGCUUCUUGUCUCUGAUGUUGUUGUCCUGGAGUUGGGUGUAACACCAAAGACCACCUCUGGCAAGCUGAAGAGGAGUGAGAUCCGCCAGACAACAAUUUCGGGUGAUUGGAAGGAGUCUCUGUCCUCUGUAGAGAAAGGCUCUUUCCUUGAGCAUAGCUUUGCAAUGAAUGGGGUUGCAAGCAGUGAGUUCUAUUUGUCGGAAGAAACUCAACAUGAAAUCAGGGGAAGAUCGACGACUGUACCAUUUGGAUCUCUUGGCCUUGGCAGUGUUCCCGAUACUGCAAUUGCUGGAGCUGUGGGUCCAGAUGACUUCUCCAACAGAUAUGCCAACACCAUCACAUCAGUCUUUGGUUACAAAGUUGACAUAUCAAAAUCAUGGGCUGAGAAUGGACUCACAUCUCUCAACAGUGCUGAGCUGAGGAACAGAGUGGAAGAGGAUUUCCAUGUGGUCCUGCCAGCACACUUUGCACAACUUUAUGCAACUCCUAAAGACCUUGAAGAGUUUCUGGUGUCAUCAGAAGGCCAACAAUUUCCAUGUAAAGCAGCUGCUGACCAUUUCGACUUUCACUGGAGCAGUCCCAGGUCACACUGCAGCAAACUAGAGAUGAGUCUUGUUCAAGUUCUGGGUUUCAUAGCCAUUAUACUGGUGCUGUUGACUUCCAUUUUCCCAUGCUAUCUUCUUGCAGCAACACUGCAAAGAAACUGCAGUAUCUCUGAAGAGCAGCAGUGUUUGACGACCAGCUUCCUGUGGUUUCCACUCCUGUUCCCCCUAAAUGUCUUUUCUUUUUCCAUCAUGGUGGUUCUUUGCAAGAUUCUUGUUGUUGGUAUGUACCGCCCCCAGGAAAUCAAUUUGAUGUCCUGGCACUACCUAAGGUGGUGGUUUGUUGAUCGAUUGCUGCAUGUUUGGGAACUUUUUGUUGGUAGAUUCUUGUUGGAAACAAAGUUUGCCUGGCUCUUCUACUGGCUUCUUGGUGCUGACCUUGCAUGGUCUACAAAAAUUGAUGCAUUCAUUCGAGAGUGUGAUCUUGUCAGUGUUGGGGCCAAUUCAUCAGUUGGCCAUGCUAUACGGUGCAGAAAAUUCAGGCCCUGGACUGAGGGCAGUCCCAGGAUGGUAUUCCGUCCAAUCAUUGUUGGGCCAAACUGCAACGUGUCUGGAAUGCUAAGCCCUGGAGCUGCUAUUGGAGCUGGGUGCAUAGUUGAGAAAUUAACUGUGGUGGAGGAAGGAGCUCAAGUUCCAGAUGGUGUCAUUGCCAGAGGAAAUCCAGCACACAACGCUGGGUCAUGCUACAGUCCCGAGGCAAACUUGUGGGAUGAGUCCCUCCUUGGUGCCUUCAAAGUUCUCUGGAUGUUUUCAGAAGCCUACCAUUACGCUGCUCUAUACUUCCUUGCCCAUGCAAUCCUCAAACACAUCUUACCAAUCUGGCGCUACCAUGUUGUUCUACACUGGUUUCUGCUCUUUCCUCUGGCUUCAUUGUUUGCUAUGGUCACUAGCAUCCUCUUGAAAUGGCUAUUGAUUGGAAAGAGAGAUCCAUCAGAAGAGUAUGAAGGGACAUUGUGGAGAAGAGCAACCAACUGGGCCUGUGAUUACCACUUUCGAACUGCUGCUUGGAUGCUUGGCAAGUUUGUGGGGGCUUCCAGAUUUGAUACAUUGGUUCAAUGGUGCCAUGGCCUUGAUGUUGAUGCUGUGUCAAUUCUGCAUACUGCCUCUACAUUUUUUUCUCCUUCGAACGUUGACUUUGUGAAGAUACGCCAAUCCUUUCUUGCUCUUACUAAAAUUGAAUUGGACACUCCAUCCAAUGAGAAAAUCAAGAUUUCCCAUAGCUCCCUUGGAAGAGACGCCAUUGUUCAUGCUGGCACGAAGGUCAUCCGAUCAAACCUACCAUCCAGAAGUCAAGUCUGUGACAAAAUAUAUGAUUUGAACCCUCCAAACACCCAAUUAGCAGUGUCGUGGAGCUUCAUCCUCCUGGAAGUGAUUCUUCCUGAAGUUGCCCUCCUGAUUUUGAAUGCCAUCAUCUUUUGGAGCAUUGUCCCUACAUAUGAGUUGGCUUCAGCAAUUGCAGGAAGUAACUCUUCCCCAAGUGUGCUUGUUCUGGCAAUUGUGGGGGCUACUGUGUUUCAGUUCCUAGUCUGGAUCCUCCUUGCCAAGAUUAUUGAGUGGGCCUUUCUCAAUGUGUUGUCUCUCUCCAUUCAGAAAGGAUUCUUCCGUGUCUAUACCUCUUAUGUGAACAGCUUCCGUGAUGGCAACCCCAUCGAGGUGUUUCUAAUGGGAACCCUAUUCUUCAAGCGUUAUGUUCAAUUCAUGGGUGCUGAAGUCAAUGGUGAUCUCUGGUUUUUUGACUGCACUCUCAAGGAGUUUGGCAACUUACACUUCCAGGACAACACAAUAGUGGACAAUGCCUUCCCCCGUGGACACUAUCUUGAUAUCAAUGGAAUCACUCUAAAUGAUGUCUAUAUUUCUGGGAUUGUGCACCCUGGAUGCUAUAUUGCAGCUGGAGCUGUUGUGGAAGGCAGGGAAAAUGGCCCAUGGAAAUCAUUCUUUCCCUCAACUUCUGAGAAGGUUGCUCCUAGCAGGAAACAUCCUUCUUCCAGGCAGAGUCUUCAUGAAUUUGAUGCAUAG